CCAGCUGGGGCAUCAGUAAUCGGACGCAGUCGGGUUUCGACGCAACUCCUUACCGGUAAUGUUCCUUGUUUAAUUUACGAGAGAACAGCGAUACACAGAAGAAUCAUUGACGGUUUGUUUGAGAUGAAAGUCUUUGCUAUGGAAAGGAGGAUUUCUACUUUGGCUCUGCUGAGUCUGAUGUUGUCCUGUGUUGGUGCCAUCGAGGUGAAGAUCCCGGAGAGGACAUUUGAGUUUGCCAGGGGUGACAACAUUACAAUGCCCUGCACCUUUAAAACAGCCCUUAAAGACACUCCCAAAUUGGUCAUCGUCUCAUGGGCUGUUGAGGCUGAUAAAGCUGGCGAAGAGGAUAUCGUGAUCCUCACCUACUACUCUUCAGGUGGCAUUACUGACAUCACAUCAUCGUAUGAAGGUCGGGUGUCUUUGGACAUAGAUGUACCUACUGGGAAGGCUGACCUGAAACUAUCCUCUAUCACGCUAGCAGACAACAAGAAUUUUGUGUGUCGUGUCCAAAUCCCAGGUGAUGAUGAGGGCAAUCCAUCUGACUCAAGACAGUUGGUGGUUCUAGUGGCUCCAUCUCAGCCCAUCUGUAAUAUCCAGGGUAGGGCAGAGUAUGGCCAGAACAUCAACCUGACCUGUCUGUCUGAGGAGGGCUCCCCACCACCCACUUAUAAGUGGGAAAGUCGUGAUGUACGGAACAUCCCUCGCAGGCUAGACCCCAGAACCACCGACAAGGGAGGUAUCCUGUCUCUAUACAAUAUCUCCAAAGAUACAUCAGGAUUCUAUAUCUGUACCUCAAGCAACAAGAUCCGCUCUGCUACCUGCAACAUCACCCUUGCAGUCAUGCCACCUUCUAUGAACAUUGGGUCCACUGCAGGAAUCAUUGGUGGCGCUGUCGCCUUGCUGAUCAUAUUAAUCAUCAUCAUCUAUUGCUGCUGCUGCCGCAAGAAGAACAAAGAGGAGGAAUAUGCCAUGGGAGUCCGUGAGGAAGAGUACCAUGACAAACAGCCGGCUAAAAAUGGGGACAGUCACCAAAAUGAUGGGCAGGAGGGCAACCCAGCUGAAAGCCGUGCGCACAAUGAGCGCAGCUAUGAUCAUGACAGGGAUUACGAAAAUGCCCGCAGUGAUUACGACGAUCGCCGCAGUGAUUAUGACGACCGCCGCAGCGACUAUGACGACCGCCGCAGCGACUACAAUGAUCGACGCAGUGACUAUGACGACCGCCGCAGCGACUACAAUGAUCGACGCAGUGACUAUGACGAUCGCCGUGACAGGUACAGUGAUCGCAAUGAGCGCUAUGACGACAGGCGCCACUAUGACGACGAGCGGCGCUACAGUGACAGCAGAGACCGUCACAAUGAUCGUGACUUACCUCCACCUGUGCCAUCCAAUAAGCCACAGAGGAACUACGACAAUUAAGGCCUCCAGUCUGUACCCACCACUAUCUUUUCCACCAUCUUUUCCAUCUAUUUUGUUUCUAUUUUCCUUUUUCCAAUGGCUGCCACACAAGGUGUGGCCUAAAGGUGUCAAACAGCAUUUUGCCUCAGUGGACUUAGCUAUGAUGUAAUUGGCUCAAAAACCUGCUAUGCUUAUAGGCUACUAGAGUUAAGCAUAAUCUGUUAUUGCAUGUUUGACAGGUAGAAGAGUUGACAGUAGUGCCAGGUUGUCUAUUAGGUCAGCAUACUAUAGGUGUGACUUGAAGCAUGACACUUGGACAAUCAGUUGAGGAAGAGCAGGCAACUAAAAUGGCGCCUACAAAGCCCAUCUGAUCCAUUUUUAACAGGAAGUGGGUGGGUGGGUGGGUGGGGUCAACAGUUAUAAUCCCUCUUGUUAAGUAAUAAACACUGCCCAAGGAAAAAGUCCAUACCUUUGUGUAGCAACAUUCACGUCAUACAAAUAUUAUGAACUGAAAAAACAUUUUACAGAAACAAAUGAUUUUUAUACAAUAUAGGUCAACAUUUUAAAGUUAUAACAAAAGAGUGAUAAAUAAUGUCUGUCUCAUAAAUAAUCUAACUUACAGCGCAUCAAAAAUCGAACUGUGCUUAUCUGUGAUGUACAGGACCCUAUUUUUGUUUGACUUUGAAAUGUGUGUAAAUACAAGUUUACUGCAGCUCA